GGUGUGGUGAGCCCUCAGACCCGCUUCGAGUACGCCUUGGCUCUCAUCCGUAGCCGUUAUGCCACUGAUAUUCUUCGCGGUGUCAAUGAGUUUGAAGACCUCUGCUCUACGGGUGACCCAAACGCGCGAAGAGAUUAUCUCUAUUACUUAGCCCUCGCCAACACUAAACUCAAAGAGUACCAGAGAGCGCGCGACUGCAUCAAGAAGUUCCUGAGUGUGGAGCCGGACAACAGACAGGCCCAGGAGUUGGACCGACUUAUCCGCGACAAACUCACCAAAGAAGGGCUGUUAGGCAUGGCUAUGGUUGGCGGGGCGGCCGUCGCCAUCGGCGGCCUCAUUGGCAUCGGUAUGGCGUUGGCCAAGAAGUGA